AUGGAAAAAACUAAUUUAAAAGGAUAUGAAGUAAUUGAUAUAGAAGGCAGAAGAGAAGAGCUAAUCAAUAUAAAAAAAAAUUUUUUAAGUGAAGAAGAAGAUGAUUAUAUAAAAGAUAGUAAAAGAUAUCUAUAUGAUGAAUUAUCAUACAUAAAUAGAAUAAAUACAUUUAAACCAUGGAUAAAAAAACCCGUGCAUCUAUGUUCCAUUAUUUUGGCUAGAAAUGGAUAUAUAUGUGAAAAUGAAUUUACUAUAAAAUGUGAAAUGUGCAAUUGUAAAUAUAUUUAUGAAAAAGACAAAUAUUCUAUGUAUACAAAAAUUAAUGAUUUAUGUUUGUUGCAUCUUGACAACUGUCCAUGGAAAAAUAAUCUUAUGAGUCUAUCAAUUUUUCAUCUUGAUGAAAAAUCAUUAAGAAGAGAAGAAUUGAUAAAAGAAUAUGAAAAUAAUGUGUUAAUGUUAAAAAAUGCUUUAUAUGAAAUACCAUUAAUAAAUAUUAAAAAAACAAUUAAAGAUUUGAUUAUAAUCAUAAAAAAGCAUUUAAAAAAUCAUUUUUCAAAAAAAAAAUAUUUAAUUUUUAAUUGGUAUGUAAAUUUUUUUAAAAAUCAGUUUACUCAAAUAUUUUUGAAUAACAAGAAUGUUAUAGAUAAAGGAAUAGAAAAAAUUAAAGAAUAUUAUAAAGAAUAUGAAAAAUAUAUUGUUGAUUUGAAUUAUAUAAAUAAUUUAAAUUUUAAUAUAUCAGAUGAAUCUAAUUAUAUUAAUAUAUUAUGCGAUGACAUAUCAUUAUUAAAAGAUGAAAAAGAAGACAUAAAUAUGUAUUUUAAAAUCGUUGACAAAAUGAAGAAUUAUGAAUAUGAAAAUAUCAAUAUUUAUAAAAUAAUUUCCCUAUGCGGAUGGUCCUAUAAAGGGGAUUCUGUAGAUAAUAAUAAUAACUUUACACAAGUUUUAUAUUGUAAAUAUUGCUAUAGAGAAAUUAAAAUUUGCAAUUAUUCCACUUUUUCCAUAAGAGAUGAUAAACUUUUUUUAUUUAAAGAAUUAAAUUUACUUGUAACAAAAGAUAUAAUGGAUGAUUUGAUUAACAAAAAAAAACAAUUAGAAAAAGUAAGAAACUCAAAUAGCUGUGUUAAUAGUGAUCCAGUAAAUAUUCUUGAAAAAUUAUAUAACCUUUUAAAUAAAACAAAAAAUUGUAAUAAAAACAACGAUAAUGAUAAUAAUAUUUUAAAAAAUAAAGGAAGCUUUUGUGAAGAAACAAAAAAUGAAGUAGAAAAAAAAAGGCUUAAUAAUAUAAUAGAUGAAGAUGAUUAUUCUUUUAAUUGGAAAAAAAAAAAUUUAAUUUUAACAAAAAAAAUUAAUAAUAUUUUCAAAGAUAAAAGUGAUAAUACUUUAUUUUCUAAAAAUAAUAAAAAACAUUUUUUUACAAAUAGAAAUGAAGAUUUAUUUUCAAAAAAAAAUUCGGAUAAUAAAGAAAUUUCUUUAAAAAAUUCUAUAAGUAAAAUUUUUAUAGAAAUAAGUGAAUAUAUAAAAAAAGAAGAAUUUUUUAUUAAAACCUUAUAUGAUUAUUAUGUUUUAACAGAUUCACAAUUUUUUAAUUUUAAUGAAAACAAUAUGGAUCAAAAAACAAAUGGAAGUUUUUACAAUAUUCGGUUAUUUGAUAUAAUUGAAAAUCAUAGAGCAUAUUGUCCAUACAUGACAGAAGAUUUGUAUUCUUUUUCUAAAAUAACAAAACUUUUUUUUGAGUUACUUAUAUCUGAAUUUCAAAGAAAAUAUGUAUUCAAAUAA